UUGCGGCGGUUCAAUGUUCAUGAAUACACCCCAUGAACGGGAAAAUUCCCUUUCACUACUGACGCCUUUAUGCAAUCGACAGCUUUGUAUGCGCCAAAUGUAUGCGCCAAAGGAUACGAUGUCUGCUUUUGACUCACUCCCAACAGAGCUGUAUAGCGAGGUCGGUUACCCAUUCUCUCCAGCCAACUACUCAAUGCCCUCACAUGCUGACAUAAAUCGGUUGCAUCUUAAGAUCUUCUCGUAUCUCGCGACUCCAUUCGAUGAUCAUGAGCCAGACACUUGGAGAUUAAAUUUUACCCGCUCACCUAAUACGAAAGGCUCAAUCAGUCGUGGAAUGCCUACUUACAGCUUACGUAAUUCUUGGGAUGAGAUAAUGUGCUUUUUGAACUUGCGACUAGUCUCGAAAACCUUCAGUCAGGAGAUUGUUCGCACUUUCUACAAGCACGAUCCUCUAAUUCUGCGUGUAGCGGAUUUGGGCACUGCCCGCGCUAUUGCGGAGAAGAUUAUCAAACAGGAGACUAAUAUCGCUCCCUAUGUCACCAAGCUCUAUGUCGACUUGUCAUCCGGGCUAAAGCUCCCGAAUAUUCGUGAUCCUUACAAGACCACCAUUUGCUGGGAUGGCAUCGAUGAUGAAGUCAUCGAACUAAACGAAAACUGGUAUUGCAACCCCGACGACCCGAUGGAGAGCAUCAAUUUAUUAGAGCUCUAUGAACUCAGUACCAACCUCGAGGUGACUGAUAAGCUUCGCAUCGCAGUUUCGAGAAUAUUCGAAAAUCCCAUUAAUAAGCUCCAAUGCCUCACAUACUUGCGACUGAAGCUACCAUGCGUGUUCGAUAUCUGUAACAUCAAAGUCUCAGACGCACUCGCAAGCCAGCUCAAGCAUCUGUAUUUGGAAUACAUUGAUGGGACUGGCCCUGACGGAAGUCUAGAGUACAUUGUAGUACACGAAGGCGACAGGCGCUCAGUUCGCGGGAGCGAACACCACCCUCUCUCGGCUCUUCAGCGCCAGUAUGCCAAUUUGGACUGUAUGGAGGCUCUCUGCGACUUUAUCCGUCGGUUUCAAAAUCUCGAGUCUCUCGGCCUCUCGGGUACGCAUUGUGCCGAUCUUCGAACGCUUGAAUGGCGACCAGUGCAAAACAAGCUCAAAACAAUCUUCAUGGAGCGUGUUAAACUAACGGCUGAUCUGCUUUUGCAAUUCUUGGCCUCCGACGGGGUUUUAGACUCUGGAGUUGAGACGCUAGAUUUGUGCGAAGUCGAGAUGGUAGAUGGGACUUGGGAAACUGUGUUCAAGCGGCUGACAGAGUGCAAGUCGUUGAGAUAUCUCUGCACUGAAGAUAGUGGAUAUAACGCUCAUGCACACCUAGUCGAAACAAUAGCAGGAAAUGAUGGGCGGGGAGACAUUAAUGUCUUUCAAACCCUAGAGCGACUGACGGAAAAAGACAUCUACGCCUGUCUUGAACUAUGUGAGCAAUUGUGUCGUUCGAAAAUAUGCUCUCGGUACUUGAUUUCCGACGAAAAACGCGCGCUGUGGGAAAGUCGCGACAAUGAUGCAUGA